AAGGGGAGGCGGUGGCCGGCGCGGAGCGAGCCAGACGCGGUGGCGAGAGCGGCGGGGGCGGCCAGCUGGGCACCGGGCGGCACCGGGCGCACCGAGCGGGAGCGCCGCCAACGCGGUCACGUGCGCGGCCCCUCCUCUCGCGCCAGCCUCCCCCGUGCGCGCCGCGCUCUCCAUUCAUAAAUUCUCCGCCUGCUCCGAGGCCACCGGGCGCCCGAGCCAGCCGGGAACGCCGCGCAGCCGCCGCCCGCCCGCCGCCCUCCGCCCAUGGGCUGCGCGUCCCGGCGCUGAGCCUCAAGAUGCAGCCCACCGCCACCAUGGCCACCACUGCCACCGCCACGGUUGCCCUGACAACGUCGUGGGACAAUUCCACCAUCCAUCCCACGGCCGAGCCGGACCCCAUUCUGGACAACUACGUGCUGCUGAUCGUGGUGAUGUCCUUGUUCGUUGGAGGCACGCUGGUGGUGCUGUCUGGCGUCCUGCUGCUGUGCAGACGCUGCUGGGAGGUUCACCGGCGUUUCCAUAGGGCCACCGAGGACGCAGAGAAGACCACCACCACCUACCUGGACAACGGCACCCACCCCGCCCAAGACCCCGAGUUGCGGGGCGAGGACCCCGAGAGCCAGGAUGUGGAGACCGAGCGCUUCCUGUCCACCAGCGCCACCGGCCGCCGCGUCUCCUUCAAUGAAGCUGCGCUGUUUGAGCAGAGCCGCAAGGCUCAGGACAAGGGCCGCAGGUACACACUGACUGAGGGGGACUUUCACCACCUGAAGAACUCCCGCCUCACCCACCUGCACCUGCCGCCCCUCAAGAUUGUCACCAUCCACGAGUGUGACUCAGGGGAGGCCAGCUCAGCUGCCACACCCCACCCGGCCGCCACCCCGAAGGACAGCCUGGCCAUCUUCCAGCCCCUGGGGAAGGCCCUCACCGGCCGCUCUGUGGGCCCCAGCUCCGCCUUGCCAGGUGACCCCUACAAUUCGGCCGCUGGUGCUGCUGACUUCGAGGAGAUCAGCCCCUUGGCAUCCAGUGACUCUGGGGAAAGUGCUUCGGUGGAUGCAGCCGCCAGGAGCGCCAAACCCGGUGUGCCCGGGACCUCAGCAGCGCCUGGGGAGGCAGGAGCCGCGGGCUCAGGGUCGGGCACUGUCCUGCAGUUCCUCACCCGCCUGCGCCGCCACGCCAGCCUGGACGGGGCCAGCCCCUACUUCAAGGUCAAGAAAUGGAAGCUGGAGCCCAGCCAGCGGGCAUCCAGUCUGGACACAAGAGGUUCCCCCAAACGCCACCACUUUCAGCGGCAGCGGGCAGCCAGUGAGAGCAUGGAUCAAGACGAGGGAGACGCCCCCCAUUUGGAACUCAUCCAGUACAUCACCCGUGCAGGGGACUCCGUGGCCUUCCCACCCCCCCGCCCCUUUCUGGCCAGCCCCACCAGCCCGCCCCCUGCUCUCGGCAGGCUAGAGGCAGCCGAGGCAGCGGGAGGCGUGAGCCCCGAGUCCCCCCCGGAGGGCAGCGGCAUCGCGGGGCCCGAGCAGGGAGAACUGGAUGCUGAACAGGCUCAGGCCAGCUACCGCGACCUGUGGAGCCUGCGCGCUUCGCUCGAGCUGCACGCGGCCACCGCCUCAGACCACAGCAGCAGUGGCAACGACCACGACUCGGUGCGCAGCGGUGACAGCUCGGGCUCAGGGGGCGCGGCGCCCACCUUUCCACCGCCCUCGCCGCCGGCGCCCCCGCGCCCCAAGGACGGCGAGGCUCGCCGCCUGCUGCAGAUGGACAGCGGCUACGCCAGCAUCGAGGGCCGCGGCGCCGGGGAUGACCUCGUGGUCAUUGAGCCCCCGCCGCUAGCCGCGCCCGUGCCCCUGCCCCACAGUCCCCGCGCCUGGUCGCGGCGGCCGCGUCGUGACUACAGCAUAGACGAGAAGACCGACGCGCUCUUCCACGAGUUCCUGCGACACGACCCGCACUUCGACGACACGCCGGCAGCGGCACGCCACCGCGCACGCGCACACACGCACGUGCGCAAGCAGUGGCAGCAACGUGGGAGGCAGCACAGCGACCCCGGCGGCGCACGCGCGGUCCCCGCCACCGGGACUGCAGGCCCGCCCCCUGGCGCACCUCGGCCCGCGCGUGCGCCCUUGCGCCGCGGCGACAGCGUCGACUGCCCACCCGAUGGCCGUGCGCUAGCCGGCAUGGGGGACGACCCGGCCAUCCCUGUCAUCGAGGAGGAGCCUGGGGGCGGGGGCUGCCCUGGCUCGAGCCUCUGCGUAGAGCCCUCUGGGGAGCUGCUGGACAAGCUGGCGACGGGCCUCGAGGAGAGACUCUUUCCGCAGUGCCUGGCCGAGCCUGUCCCCGUGGCCACUGCGCUAGUAGCUGCCGCUGCUGCCCCUACAUCCCCCGACCACAGCCCGGUCUAAGUCUUUUGCCACGAGCCCACUUCUGGGUGGCCUCUCUGGCGCUGCGCGGGGUCUCAGCAGCGACGGCAGUGGGACAGACCUGGGGACGCGAUGCCCUGGCGUGUACGCGCCUAGACGGCAGUGGCUUGUCGCACGCAGUCUGGGUGUGUUGCCUGGCCCAGGUGCGCGCCUGUGCAGCUCUGCGCGCAUGCGCACAGUCCAGCAGCUGGCAGUCCUCGCCCCACGUGCACACGCCGCAGCCCUUGUCUGCCUCCCGCCCUCCAGGCGUGCACGCGCCUUGCACUUUCUGGGCGCGCUGGUGGUCAGACAUCAUGGUAUCCAGAGGUGCGAUGUUCCAUGACCCUGGCUCAAAUAGAGGAAGGGAUUUCCAUCUUCAGGCUCCAGGACAACGGCCAACGCCCGUGCCUAGACUCCCAUCACCUCCGCCGCAGCCAGUGGAAGCCUGAGGCCCCAGGGGCACGCGCGUGGCGGAGGAGCCCACUGUCUGCCAGGCGCGCGCGUGAUCCCCACCAGGCAGGAGCCGCAGGAUCACAGAGGCCUCCACACCAGGAACCGGGAGGUUGGCUGGGGGCCGCGGCUGCCAACCCCUCCGAGCCGUUUACCUCACCGCGGCAUGUGCUCACGGCAGCCCGCGCCCCCACUCCGAGCAAUAACCGCGCUCGCCGCCGCCACGACCACCAGCCCCGGACUCGGCUCUCCUGCCGCCGCCGUCCCCCCCACGCGCCGUCCUGUCCGUCCCAUCCCGUCCUGCAUGCGAUCGGCCACCCGCGCCUGCCCCGUUCAGAGGAGCUGCCAGGCGCUCAGUGUUGGGGAUAUGGACAGAACACAGCGCAGACGGCUGACUUCAAGUCUCCCGAGCUUUAUUUAUUGCCAAAAGAUGGGGCCAUCGGCCCCGCCCUCGCUGCUGCCCCACCAAUCCGUGUCACCCCACGAUGGCGUUCUCGUGUCGUUUCUGUUUCCUGGUUGAUUAUAAAUAUUUACUGCACA